AUGUCAACCUCAGAUCAAAAUAAAAAUCUAGAAGAGAUCCAAACUCCGGUCCUCGUUGUCGGAGGUAGCUUGGUGGGACUCAAUGCAGGACUGUUUUUGUCAUUCUGGGGGGUCCCGAAUAUUGUUAUUGAGAAACAUGAAGGAUCGUCGUCCCAUCCUAGGGCCAUUGGAUACACUGAACAUACAAUGGAAUUUUUUAGCAGUGUAGGAAUUAUCGAUCAAAUUCCUCAAGUUGAACGAGGAGUUCGCCUUCGUCGAGCUUCUUGUUUCGAUUUGUCAAGCGAGUGGAUUGAGAAAACAUCAUGGGCAGGCAAAAAAAAAGUUGAUUCGUCUUACCAAGAAUUUUCGCCCUUCACAGGUGCUGCUAUUGCACAAGACAAAUUAGAACCCAUUUUGCGCAAGCGGGCAAUUAAGCUGGGAUGUGAUCUUCGUCAAAAGACCAUUUUAUUGAGUUUUGAGCAAAAUGACAAGGAGGUCAUUGCCAUAGUGUUAAACAAGAAAACGGGCCACUCUUACAAAAUCAGAGCUCAGUACAUGAUCGCAGCGGAUGGGGGGAAAAGUUCUAUUCGCGAAGCACUCCAGCUUCCUUGCAAGGGCAGGGGCUAUAUGCAAACCAUUUCAAGUGUUCUUUUCCGGUGCCCUGAGGCAGAUGAAGUACUCUCAAGAGGAAUUUUGCAAUUCGAUAUUGACCAACCAGAUCUCAAAGCCUUCUUGACCACUUAUAACGACGGAAGAUGGGCACUUAUGUUUAGGGAUGGGGUACAGAGAAAUUCGAAAGAGCUUCUAGAUGGCAUCAAAAAGGCACUGGGUCAAAGUGAUGCAAACAUAGAGAUCAUCACCACCGGCCAAUGGGAUCUAAGCGCAUCCAUCUGUGAAAGCUACUCUAAAGGCCGUAUUUUCCUUGCCGGCGAUUCUGCACAUGCAUUACCACCUACGCGAGGUGGCUACGGUGCAAAUACCGGCAUUGACGACGUUCAUAAUUUGGCUUGGAAGCUGAAGUUGGUUCUCGACGGAAAAGCUUCUCCUUCCCUUCUAGACACAUACUCUGCCGAAAGACAACCCAUCGGCUGGCUCAGACAUCAGCAGACUUUUGCCAGGCCGGACUACGCUGCAUUUGCAGAAGGAUGGGCCUCUGGUGAAGAUAUCAUUGACGACGCCGGAAUGGAAUUGGGUCAAUUGCAUAUUUCCAAAGCUAUUUGUAGUCCAGACGACGUGAAAACUAAAGCGAAAAGACCUGACUUAUGGCAUGGACAACCUGGCGUUCGAGCGCCGCACGCGUGGGUAAAAAAGGAUGGAAAAGAUAUCUCAACGAUUGAUCUUUUCAACAAGCGGUUUGUCGUCCUUACCCAAAAUGAAGAAUGGCGGGCUGCGACUGAAACUGUCAGCGCGUCGUUACAGCUCCCAAUUGAUUUUUACCUGGUUGGCAAAGAUAUUGUACUUUCCGAUGACGCCGAGUUUGUGAAGAAAUUUGGCGUGGGUCAAUUUGGAGCUACUCUUGUGAGGCCAGACGGUCUAGUGGGCUGGAGGGCAAAACAUGAAGAAGAGAAUAGUUUGCGCUCAUUGCAGAAAGCUUUCAAUCAAAUUUUAAAUCUUUAG